UCUUUCUUAAAUUUACUCGAUUCUUCCUUGACUGCUUCUGAUUCUUAUUUUUUUUUUGAGUUUUCUAAUUGUGUUCUAUGGUAGAUGGUUGCAGAUCCAUUGUUUGCUGAGGGUGCUCGUCAUGAAUGAUGAAUCUCAUGACUAGAGUGCACGAUAUGAAUAAUUCUGACCGUGAGUAGAAGUAUGAUAGAUUGUUGGAAGAUGGAUUCAUAAAUCCUAGAUUUAUUGAUGGGGUUGAGAGCUUUGUUGAAUUUGCUAAAAAUCAUCCAGAAUGUAUGGACGGUGAAAAAUUAAGAUGUCCUUGUAAUAAUCAUAAGUGUCGAAAUAAAAAUAUUUUGGAUGAGUUUACAGUUAUGACACAUCUUGAAAAUAAUGGCUUUGUACUGAAUUAUUAUCGUUGGCAUCAUCAUGGAGAAAGUUAUAUUCCAGGUCCAAGUGUGUUUGGUAAUCAUCAAGAAGAAGCUUUAGCUUCAGGUGAAACCGUAAAUUCUCAGUCUCAUAAUGAAUUUUGAUCUAUGGUUUUUGAUGUUGCUCGGCCUUCUUUUUAUGGUAACGUAGAAGAGGAUCCAAAUCCCACAACACAAAAUAUUUAUAAUUUGCUCAAAUCAUCGGAACAAGAAAUUUGGCCGAAAAAUCCACAUGGACACGCACAACUAUCUGUCAUUGCUCGUCUGUUAAAUCUAAAGACGGAACAUCAUUUUUCUGAAAGAUUGUAUGAUGAGUUGUGUGAAUUUAUAUCAGAAUUGAUGCCAACUGAUAACAUAAUGAUAGAUAGCUUUUAUAGUACCAAAAAGCUAAUGAGAGGAUUGGGCUUGCCGGUUGAAAAGAUUGACUGUUGCAAAAAUGGCUGUAUGCUUUAUUGGCGGGAGGAUAGUGAACUCGUCAAUUGUAAGUUUUGUUCUCACCCUCGAUUUAAGAGAUCAAAACAUCAACGCUCCAAGAAGAAAACUAAUAUUUUUUAUAAGAAGAUGUAUUAUUUUCCUUUAGCUCUGCGUUUACAAAGAUUGUAUGCAUCCGAUGCUACAUCAAAACGUAUGAGAUGAUAUUCUGAGCAUGAAAGAGAUGGUGUGAUACGUCAUCCCUCUGACUCUCCUGCUUGGAAACAGUUUGAUCAUGCAUACCCUUCUUUUGCAUAUGAAGUGAGAAAUGUUAGAUUGGGUUUGUCAACUGAUGGUUUUCAACCUUUUGGUCAAUAUGGCCAACAAUAUUCUUCUUGGCUUGUGAUAGUUACACCAUAUAAUUUUCCACCUUGGAUGUGCAUGAAGGAUGAAUACAUGUUUUUGUCUGUGAUUAUACUUGGUCCCAAAAAUCCAAAACAAAAAAUCGAUGUCUUUUUGCAACCUCUCAUUCAAAAGUUAAACGAAUUAUAUGAGGAGGGAAUUCAAACAUAUGAUGUUUCAAGUAAGAAUACUUUUCAAAUGAAAGCUGCACUGAUGUGGACAAUAAGUGAUUUUCCUGCGAAUUCAAUGUUAUCGGGUUGGAAUACAGUAGGAAAAUUAGCUUGUCCUUAUUGCAUGAAAGAUUCUGAUGCUUUUUCACUACCCAAUGGUAGAAAGAUCUCAUGGUUUGAUAAUCCCAGAAAGUUUUUACCACCAAAUCAUCCAUGGCGAAGAAAUAAAAAGUGGUUCAAGAGAGGUCAAACAGUACAGAAGAUUGCAUUUACUAAACAAUCGGGUGUACAAAUACUUAAGGAGAUUGAGGACUUGGGACUCAUGAAAGGGACAAAACUUGGUUCUGAUGCGAUAAACGCCAAAAUUUCAAAGAAUAAUGCAUGUGGUUGGAAGAAAAAAAGUAUUUUUUGGGACUUGUCUUACUGGCUAACAAAUCCUGUUAGACAUAACCUUGAUCCGAUGCAUGUUGAGAAACUUGUUUUUGAUAAUAUCUUCAAUACUGUGAUGAAUGUGAAGGGAAAAAUAAAGGACAAUGCAAAAUCUAGAGAAGAUUUAACACUGCUUUACCAUCGUCCAGAGUUACAUCAGAAUAAAAUUACCAAAAAGUAUCCAAAGGCUUGCUAUAUGCUAGAUGAUAAGGCUAAAGAAUUUUCUUGUAAAUGGUUGUAAGAGUUGAGAUUUUCUGAUGGUUAUGUGUCUAAUCAGGGAAGAUGUGUUGACAUGAACAAGCUUAAACUUUUUGGUAUGAAGAUUCAUGAUUGUCAUGUGUUUAUGCAACGGUUAAUACCUAUUGCAUUUCGAGAAUUGCUUCCACAAAAUGUGUGGCAACCAUUGAUGGAGUUGAGUCUUUUCUUUAAAGAUCUCAUCUCUACAACAAUUACAGAAGAACACAUGAGACAAUUAGAAGAAAAUAUUACUCUUAUCUUGACUAAGCUUGAGCGCAUUUUUCCUCCAAGCUUUUGGGAUUCCAUGGAACAUCUUUUUAUCCAUUCGGCUUAUGAAGCACGUUUAGCAGGCCCGAUUCAAGGACGAUGGAUGUAUCCGACUGAGAGGUAAAUAAAGUUAAUUAUAUGUUAUAAUAUAUGUAAAUAAAUAUAUCAAUUAUAACAUGUUGACAUACUUUAAUGUUUGUAGGAAUCUCCGAAGAUACAAGAAUGAUGUCAAAAAUAAGAAUAAAGUUGAAGCUUUUAUAUGCAAUGCAUAUUUAGUUGAAGAAGCAUCUUUAUUUUGUGUGCACUACUUUAAGUCAUACAUUCCGACAUGACACAGAAAAGUGCCACGAAAUUUAGAUAAUGGUAGAGUUGAACAGGAUGAUCCUGAGAUGCUUUCUGUUUUUAAGCAAGUUGGUCGAGGUUUUGGUAAGCUGAAAAAGAGGAGGUUAGAUGAUAAAGAAUAUCACGCAGCUCGUACAUAUAUUUUGUUGAAUUGUGAU